GAUAUCUGAGCAGUCGAAGAGUCGGUCCGAGUUUGCACAUCAUCACACCACACAAGAGGCGGGACCUAAAAGGGCUUUGAAGCAAUGUGUGAACGUAUUUUAGGCGAAAGAAACAAGGGAACGAGGAAAACAGAGCGCACCAAAGAAAGCAGAAGACGUACACGCAAGCAUAACAAAUAUUGGAAAAUAGAAAAUAAUAUUGUACAACCGCCAACCCUUCCAAGCCACGUAUACCAGCCUUGAAACGAACAACCAAUCCCGAUACUAGUCAUCCUCUACUGCUCUCUACAUGGCAAGCAUAGAACCUACCCGCUUGACUCACACGAUUCUUUCUUUCUUCGUCUUUUAUCGUUUUUCCCUUUUAGUCCUCCCUGAAUCUUUAGUCAUUCACUAUUUACUUUCUUCCGAAUAGCAAAACCAACAACUCUCUACCAGUCCAAACCUCUACGACGGCGCCGCUUCUAUCUCUGAGAUUCAGGAAACUUGUUCCUUUCCGUGAUCAGAAAGGAGGAGCCGCACAAAGUCACAUACUACUCUCUUUGUGGGUUUUGAUUUUGAUUUUAGUGAAAUAUACUACUGAUCCGUGAGUGAUUAGUCCAGUUUGUUGCAUAAGUUGAUAAUGACAAUGGACGAUUUUUUCUUGAGUGAUGAUGAUGAUUAUUCUUAUUAUGAGAAUGAUGAUCACGAUGAGUCUAUGGACGUGUUUCAAUUUCAAGCCUUUGACGGUGAGUUGCUGUUUCCGAUGGCGAAUGGUCCUUCUAGCAAGGUAAUUACAAAAGAAACUUUAUUGUCUGCUCAGAAAGAAGACCUGCAAAGAGUGAUGGACUUGCUGUCUCUGAAGGAACACCAUGCCAGAACCUUACUCAUUCAUUACCGAUGGGAUGUUGAAAAGGUUAUGGCUGUGCUUGUAGAGGAUGGGAAAGAUAAAUUAUGCGCCGGAGCUGGUGUGCCCAUUAUUGAAAACGAUCUGCCGCAGAUUUCAUCCACGCUGAUGUGCAACAUUUGUUUUGAGGAUGUAGCUGCAGAUGAGGCAACUGUGAUGGACUGUGGUCAUUGCUUUUGCAACAAUUGUUGGAUCGAGCAUUUUAUUGUGAAGAUAAACGAGGGUCAAAGCAGGCACAUUAAGUGCAUGGCACACAAGUGCAACACUGUCUGUGAUGAUUCAAAAAUCAGAUGUCUAGUUGGUGGGAGGUAUCCUAGUCUUGCGGAGAAAUUUGACCGUUUUCUUUUAGAAUCAUAUAUUGAGGACAAUAGAAGAGUUAAAUGGUGCCCCAGUGUCCCUCACUGUGGAAAUGCAAUAAGAAUCGAAGAGGAUGAACUAUGCGAAGUUGAAUGUGCAUGUGGUGUCCAAUUUUGUUUUAGUUGCUUGUCUGAAGCUCACUCACCUUGCUCUUGUCUAAUGUGGGAACUCUGGUCCAAGAAAUGCCAGGAUGAGUCUGAGACUGUUAACUGGAUAACAAUCCACACGAAACCUUGUCCAAAAUGUCACAAGCCGGUUGAAAAGAAUGGAGGGUGCAACUUAGUAUACUGUGUCUGUGGACAAACAUUUUGUUGGCUCUGUGGCAGUGCUACUGGAAAAGAACACACUUGGACAACCAUCGCUAAUCACAGCUGUGGGAGGUAUAUAGAAGAUAAUAAAAAGAAAACUGAGGUUGCAAAGAGGAGCCUAGAACGUUACAUUCACUACCAUAGUCGAUACAAAGCGCAUGCUGAUUCUUUUAAGCUAGAAUCUAAACUAGAAGAAGCCAUUCAAGAAAAGAUAACAAAGCUGGAAGACAGGGAAUCUACUUCUAAAGAUUUCAGUUGGGUAAUGAAUGGGCUCUACAGGCUAUUUAGGUCCAGACGAAUUCUUUGCUGCACCUACCCAUUUGCCUAUUACAUGUUUGGUGAUGAAAUGUUUAAAGGUGAAAUGACAGAGGAGCAAAAGGAACUUAAGAAAAACUUGUUUGAGGACCAACAACAGCAGUUCGAGGCAACUGUUGAGAAGCUUUCAUCAUUUUUAGAGGAAAAUUUUGAUGAAUACACGGAGGAUGAAAUUAUGGAUCUGAGAAUGAGGAUCAUCUCUCUUUCCGUUAGCAUCGGUACUCUCUGUCAAAACAUGUAUGAUUGCAUCGAGAAUGAUUUGCUGGGUUCCCUGACGCAGGCUGUUCACAGAAUAGCUCCCUACCAUUCAAAUGGUGUGGAGAAAGCUUCAGAACUUCCUAGUUGUUGGGACACUGAUGUCUGGCACGCUAAAAGGACUUGGGACAUAAGUGGUACUGAUGUAACAGCAUUUCCAAGGUCCUAGUGGUUGCCUUCUGUAGUCAUGGCCAAGUUCAAGUUAUCAUCUUUACAAUAAAAGAUGUCUUUUUUCUUCCUUUUUUUUUUUUUUUGGGCAAGUGGGUUUUUCAUGCUAAAUCCUACUAUCCUAGUGUUAUUUACGCUAAAUUCUGGGUUGUGGUUCUGGUUGGACCUGUGCUGUAACUAGUUCUGGUCCUGAACUGGUAGCAAGUGGGACAUCAUUAGUAUCUGGUACAACUUCCCCAUCACCAAAAUUGGAAGGUGAAGAGAUUGGUCUUGAAUCAGGUGGAAUUUUAUCUUACUGUGUCUUCUCUAGUUUCUUAAAA